UAUGUAGUGCAUGUAAGGAGGGUGUACUUUUAAUAAAGGAAAAAAGUUCUCUCCGAAAAGGCAUCGUACCUUUCCUUUAUGUAGACUGUUCAAAUGAGAAAUGUUCGACAAGAAACAAGGAGUUCCCCAUUCAAAAGAAGAACGGGCAUAUAUUUGACAUUAACAAACGUACAGUGCUUGCUGCUCGAUCCUCUGGUGGCGGCGAGACCGCAGUUGCCAAGAUGUUCGCCUUUAUGGGGCUACCGCCACCUCCCACGCAGAAGAGCUGGAACAGCCAUCAGAAUGACCUAGCAGACGACAUUGAAUUCGUAGCGGAGGAGGACAUGGCUCGGGCUACUUCGGAGUUAAAGUUCAUGAAGCAACAGUUAGGGGAGUGCAACGGUCAGGAGUAUACAGACGUUGCAAUUUCGUUCGACGGCACAUGGAAUCACGUAGGACACUCGGCGUCGUUUUGUGUAGUGUUUGCCAUUUCUGUUGAUACGGGAAGAAUAAUAGACUACGAGUACAAAUACAAACUUUGCAAAAUGUGCAAAACUAUGGAAGGUAAAAAGGGCAGUCCAGAGUAUGAGACUUGGAGGGCAAACCACAGUCCUUCAUGUACCAAAACUCACGAGGGCUCGUCAAGCUCUAUGGAAGCAGCUUGUAUCCUCGACAUAUAUAUAGACGAUCGCUUGAAAAGCGCGGGCUAAGGUACACAGUUUUCGUGGGAGAUGGUGACAGUUCAUCUUACCGAAGUGUUAUAAAACAGAAUAUUUAUGGCCCGGAUAUUAAAAUCACUAAGGAGAACUGUGUUGGCCAUAUCCAGAAACGAAUGGGAAACAAACUAAGAAAGAUUGUGCAAGAAAAUAAAGGACGCAAGCUUGACGACGGAAAAUGCAUUUCCGGUCGCGGCAGAUUAACCCAUAAAGUGAUAGAUAGUUUUCAGGUGUUUUAUGGAAUAGGACUUAGAACAAACAAAGGCAACUUAGAUGCUAUGCAAAAAGCUACACGCGCUAUAAUCGCACAUUAUUCAGCCACUCCCGAAAAUCCCACCCAUGAUCUUUGCCCGAACGGCGAGGAUUCUUGGUGUAAAUUCCAAGUAGAUAAAGCCCAGGGAACAGACACGUACAAAUUCCCGAAAUAUCCACUUCCGGUGGCAGUGACAAAGGAAAUAGAACCAAUAAUUGAAGAACUUUCGUCAGAAAGUCUCCUAAAAACUUGUCAAAUGGGACUUACUCAGAACGCAAACGAGGCUUGUCAUUCAAUUUUAUGGAAAUUAGUGUCAAAACGACAAUAUAAUAGUGAAAGUGCGUACAGACUAUCAACCGCAAUGACUGUUGGGCACUGGAAACUCGGGCCAGGAGGUUUUCAAUAAGGCAUUGUGUACAAAAAUUGGAGUUAGCAUCCCAAAUCUCACUGUUAAAACGUGGCGGUCGCUUGAUAAAAAACGCAUACAAAUUGCUGAAUACAAACACAAACCUGAAUGGAAACAGAGGAGAAAGGACAUUCGAAAAGAAACACUUAAAAUGGAGGAUGCUUUUCAGAAAAUGGAGGGAAAAACGUACGAGUCAGGAAAGUAUGCAGUUUGUGCCGUAAGUGACACUGUUCGGAGAUGUAGGAAGUGCAAUAUGCCAAUGAAAGGACACAAAAGAAAUAUGUGUGUAUAAACUGUUGCAUGAAUGCUGAUCAAUAGAAUUAAGCCUCUGUACCCCACCCUCUCCCCAUACGGACGAUACCCCCUCCCAAAUUAUAGAACAACAUUUCCCCUUCCCCACUUCUAUGCCACCGUAGUCAUACCCCCCCCCCCCCAACUUACAUGUGAACUUACUACAUCACGACAUUCCAUAAACUAUGUGAGAGACUAAAUUUUGAAGCAAUGUUUGGCAGUAACUGUUGUUGCUUUACAUUCCAUGACACUUUCCAGGUGUAGUAGAUUAUUUCAACAAUGAACAAAAACACAUAUUAUAAAUAAUUUUAUUUCCAAACAAAUACAAAAAACACAAUUUGAAAUGUACAUUUCAUAAUGCAUGCCGAAAAUACGG